AUGCCCAAGAGUCCUACGGAUAAGCUCAACGCGCAGCUGCGGCGUCUCGAUGACAUGUCGGCCGUGCCCCGGGGCGCCGUGUCGGACGUCCUCUUUCAGGUCGUCCAGCAGUGGUACGACGAAUCCAUGCCGUUCGAUUCUGGCAGCCAGUGCCUCGUGGACGCCAUGCAGCAGCUCGAGCAGGACAUUGACGAUGACGAUUCGGAUGCCGAUGGCGACGACAGUCCAGGACGCGAUGACAGCUCCGACAGCUCCGACAGCUCCGACUCUGGGAGUGACUCGGGCGACGAUGGACCGGACGGCGGCGACAGGCAGGCUGCACCGCGGCCAAAGGCGAGCCAGACAUUUGGCAAGCGCAGCGGUGGCGUCCCUGAGGCGGGACCCCGCGUAGGCCAUGUCGGCAUCGACAGUGCAGCCCACGAUGAAAACGAGAGUGCAGGCAGCGCUGACGAUGAGUCGGAUGGCGGCUUGGAUACGGCUUCGAUUGCUACAUUGUACGCCGGGUCGGAUGCGGCCAACCCCAUCCGUCUGGACGACGAUGAGGCCGAGAACAACCAUCGCAGCGUCAGUCUCGGCCCGCCCUCGACGAUGCACCAUGCCGCGGCACUGGCGAUGCGCCCUCCGCCUGGCGCAGCUGUUUCACGGCGGUCCUCCUCGGUGACCGCUUCCACCGUGUCUGGGGCAUCGUCGGGCUCGCUGUUCGUGCCGGGCUCAGGCAUGCAGCGACGCGCGCGCCUCAUGCGGGCGCAGACGCAGGAGACGACGGCCAGCGACUUUCACGCUCGCGUCGCGGAGCAGAUUGGAGGUGGGCGGGUGACUAGUCACGAGGUGCGGUCGCAACUGGACCUCGGCGCCGUGGUCGAUCUCACGGCAGGCAGUGACGACGAGGACGCGGAUGAGGACGCGGACGAGAGCAGCCCUGAUGACACGUCAGGUCGGCGUACUGAUGAUUCUCCAUGCCGAACUGACUCUACAGGGGUUGAUUCGAUGGAGGGCGACGAUGAAGACGAUGGUGGAGGUGCCCAUGGCGACCAUUCGCCUCGGCGUCACCCCCGGGUCGGCGACAAGCGUCCUGUGGACGCUGCUGGUCACGUCCACUCGCCCCGGGACCAUCCCCAGGUCGGCGACAAGCGUCCUGUGGAUGCUGAUGGUGUCGCUCACUCGCCGUUGAAGAGACUGCGGUCGGAAUGGUGA